ACCAGAUGUUCUAGAAUUAUCUUCCCGGGCACACACCCAGCCAGCGCAUCUAGGCAUCACCGACCAAUCGAAUCGGAUCGGUCGGGGGAUCCGCGCCGCGGCGAGCACGAGCAGCAGGAGACGCGCCGCGCCAUGGGGAUCGGCUACGCGGUGGGCGUCCUCGGCGGCGCCAUCCUCGCCCACGCCGCCUACGCCACCAUCCAGUAUCGCACGGUACUGAAGAUCACGGAGGAGGAGUUCUCGCGGCCGCCCAUGGAUGUAAUGUUGGAGUUGCUCCUCGGGUUGGCCUUAUGCAUGUGGGCAGGGCUCUCUGUCCCAGCGAAGUUCCUUUCAGUGCUCCCACAUUCAGAGGAGAAUAGGAUCGUCUCGCUCCCGGCAAACCUGGAUUUCAUGAUCUUCAACCACCGCGGAAGAGCACUGCCGUCAGAUGCAGACUUGAAGCUGAAGACAUAGACAUGCAUUUUCAGAUUCUGUUCUUUACUUGCCUCGUAACCUUUGCCCUCGAGGAGGAUCCAGUUUUUGUGCCCCCAUUUGUCUAGGGGGAAACCUUCACAGACCAUAAGUAACUUAUCUACGCUGUAACACUAGAAUUCGUGGCACUGUAAUUCUACAUCUGUAUGGGGUUAAUUCGAGCUUCUGUUGCAGCCUUAGCUGAUGCAA